AUGACGGCUCCAGACGUCGGGGAACGCCCCAUAUCAAGCGUGCUGCACUGGGUUAAGCUGCCUACCAUGCAGGACUUCUGGCCCGCCUGCGUGUACCGGAGCUACUCGGCCGCCGUCACGCACACGCACGACGUCUUGGCGCUGCGCAACGUCAAGCCCGCGCUGGACGCCGAGGACCGCGUGCUCUACUUCUUUGGUGUUGGGCCUCAAGCGUGUCACGUGGCGACACCAGGCUCGGCGCCGCAGCUGCAGCUUUGUGUGGUCCACAAAGACGACCUAAUGCUGGACGAUUGGACGGCGACGACGACAGAGACGAACACCGAGGAGGCCUUUCAAGCACUUUGUGACCGGUACCAUGUACCAGCGGACACUGCGACCCGUGCGUGCUUUGUGCGGGCGUGUCAGGAGGCUCGAGGGUAUGCGAAGGACGUGCACAACGAUGAACAAGCGAGGGAGCUCUUUGUCGCACUGUUAACAGGGACGUACAAGGCAGAGAAGAAGAUAGAGACGAUGGGCGGGAAGGCUGACAGGAAGGUGCAGACGGACGAGAGUAUUGCGGCGCUUCUUGAGACGCCGACGAUGGCGGCAAUUGUGGCCAAGUGCUGGCAACAGAUGCUGGUGGCGGGAUGGGAAACCAUGGUCCAGAAAGAUGGCCACGUGCUGUAUAAAAUGCCCGGCACGCGUUUCUUUGACGUUGUGCCGAACAUCAAUUUAUUUGACUCGUUGGCGAAAGCCUGUGCGCGGUACUUGAGUGAAUGGGUGAAGACCACGGAGAUGGACGCGACGGACGGUUGUUGUUCCGAGUUGACGGAGUUUCUGUGGCCUUUGGCAGCGGCAAGCGGCUGGGAAAGCAUGUCGACAACUACGGCAACGUUGUAUAAGAAGGCAGACACGCCGUUUGAUCAGUGGGUACCGAAUGUCACGAUCUUUCGCACCAAAAGUCAAGCAGUAGCAAAGUACUUGGAAGCGUGUGGACUCGUUGGGGCCAAGUGUGGAAAGAUGGUCGACAAGAAGGAGAAGUUGGUCACAGUGUCACAUGCUAAUGACUUGGAUAUCGGAAUCGAGGAGCUUGCACGAGAGAGCAACAAGACGCUCAGUGAGCAAGAUUGCGAUGUCAAUGAGGAGCUUGUUGACGAAAACGAGACAACGAACAACCGAGAGCUGGACGAUGACGUAGCUGCGACGAAAGCGGUGCGUCGAAAGUGUGUGGCCAAGUCUAAGAAGGCUGUUAAUAGGACGCAGCCUAUAAUGGCUACCUCAAAGACGACAGUGAAACAGGUCAAAGCUGUCACGAAUACACCGAAGGAUAAAAAACCCAGCAAACCGAUCCCGUCCUUUGAAAUGUCCUUUGGCAAGCUGGAGAAGGAACUGAAGAACCGCGGAUGGUAUUGGAAAGCUGGUGGUCUGCAGUGGUUAUAUUACCAGCCUCACUGCAAGGCGAAAGACAAGGGUUCUCUCGAACCCAACAAAGACUUCUUUCGUGGUCGGGAGGAGCUGGAAGCAUACGCCUAUAGCAGCGGGCUUUAUGACCUUGUUCGUACGAAGCUCAAAGAAGAUCAUUACAAUAUGUACGCGUCUGACAGUGAAGAGGACGUCGGCAUUGACGACAAUGGACUGAAGACCACGCAACCUGUGCAAGCUCUGGUCCAUCCGCCACGUGUUACACCUAAGCCGCAGCCGAAGAAGACUUUGGUGCGACGUGACAUUGACUGUGCGAAAUUGUCGAGCUGGUCGUCCAGAGGAGGUCGCUCAAAGUCAACGGCUCGUGGAAUGACGACUCAGACAACCCUUGCCGAAGUCAAGUUCGGCGAAAUUUGGCGUGUGUUGUCCGAAGAUGGCUGGCACUACUCUCCAGGCAAACUGGAGUACGACUACUUCAAACCUCACUGCGCUAGUACAAAAGACGGUACGGCAGGAGUCGACUUCUUCCAGAGUAAGGAUUUGUUAGUGGAGUAUUUACAAAUUAGCGGACUUUGGGACAAAACGGCGGUGCGUGUUCGAGCUGAAGCAGCCAUGGACUCGAGUGACGAAGGCCUGUUUGAUAGCGACGACGAGACGACAACUCCGAUUCAGAAGCGCAAGCGAGAGGAAAGCACGCCCGCUGUCCCACAACAAGGCAAAAAAUACAAGGGCGCUUCACUCUUUUGCACUCCAACUGAUGGCAGGCGAGCGACUGUUGCAAAUCCAACUGUUGACGACAAAGAGAUUGAUAAAACUAUUUCUCCUGAUACUGCGGGAUUGAAAGACAAAGUAGGCCAGAAAGACGUACACGGGCGUCAACCAUUACGAAACCUGUCGAACAGUUUCACGCCCACAUCGGAUACCACAAGCAAGAAAACGCGCUCGAUAAGUGCUAGCAAAAGUGUUGUGACGGAACCGGUGAAAGACGCUGGUUUUCAUGACAUGACCUUAAGUGCAGUUCAGAAACUGACGUCGGCGUACAUCCCAACAAACUUUCGAUACCGUGAGAAGGAGUUUGGUGAAAUUUGCGAGUUUUUCCGAAACAGUUUCGAAGGAAAGGAUCACACCAGUCUGUACGUUUCUGGGGCGCCCGGUUGUGGCAAGACCGCUUUGCUGAAGUCGACAAAGUCGGACAUUGAUGAUCUAUACUGGGAAUGCUGUCCUGAGCAAACGGACACGAAGCCCGUCUGGUGCCAUGUCAACGCAAUGGCACUUGCCGGCUCGUCAACGCUGUUUUGUAAGCUCGCGGAAACGCUGACGAAGAAGCCGUUUUCGAGCGGAGGUCAGGCCUUUGAGGCCAUUGAACGCGCCACGACUCGCAGACUGAAGACAUCCAAAACGAUGAUCCUGAUCUUGGAUGAGAUUGAUACACUGCUGAACAACAACGGUACCGAAAUCGAUCUGUGCCGGCUGUUCGAGCUUGCCCACCGGGCUUCACACAGCUUCAUCCUUGUUGGAAUUGCCAACCAGGUUGACUUCACGGAGCGACACCUACCGAUGCUCAAGCAACGGCUGCCAGACUGCUCCCCUCGAGUUGUCGUCUUUGAGCCGUACAAACACCAAGUCAUCGAGCAGAUCCUCACCGAUCGCCUUGGUGGACAGACGGCGGCUUCCAAGCUGGUGAGCUCUCACGGUGUCUCUUUCUUGGCCCGCAAAAUCGCAUCAACGACUGGCGAUAUAAGACUAGCAGUUGACACCUGCCGCCGUGUCCUGCAACAUAAGCUGGAGCAAGGUGGCAAAGAAAACUCGGAGAAUCUAUCAAGUGACAAAGAGCCCGGACGGCCGUUGCCGCUUACGGACAUGCUGCGUAUUAUCAAGCACGCUUUAGAGUCCAAGAGUACUUCGGCGAUUCGCUCGCUACCACGCAACUUGCAGAUGAUUCUAUUUGCUUCAACUCGACUGCUCAUCGUGACAGCUAAUCGGGCCGCGGCGGACGGAAGCGAGGCCACGCCAUUGUUUGGUGUGAACGAGUUGUACGCGUGCUACUGUGAGGUGAGCAAGGACGCUGGGGUAUUCAAGCCGUUAUCAGAGCGUGACUUCAAGACGGCGCUCGAUACGCUAGGCAAGGAGGGGCUCAUAGCAGAGGCAGAGCUUCGAAAACACCUGAUCAAGCUGUUGUUCAGUACCAGCGAGCUGCUGCAGAGCUUCCGCCAGGACGCGUUCUUCUCGCGCCUCGUGUAA